CUUUGUUAUUCCAGUCUAUUUUUCAAUUUACCGUGAAAAGAAUUGUUGCACUCAAGUGGAUUUAUAUAUAAGGUAGGAUUACUGCUAAAGUUGGUAAAAACCUAGUAGUAGUGAUUUAGAAGUGUCUAGGUUCACAUGUCUUAAAUCAAAUUUUUUUUGUGAAUAUAGGCAUCAAAUUGGUUGUGUACACGUACGCUAAGUAUUGGCAAUAAAAAUGCCAUAAAGAUAUGCGGCAUUUUUUUUAUUCCAAGGCAGUGUCAUCGGAACACGACAGUUUUAUUUAUGAAGUUUCCAUAGCCGGUAAUUAAAAUAUCAGCCUAAUACCACAGCGUGUAAUAAGGUGAUGUGUUCGCAAUUAUGAGAAGAUCCCACUACUUCAUCCAAAAGAAAUCGUUCCUCAUUCUAGCUGUGAUUUUAUUUUUACUAGUAUGUCUUUACAUUCAAUCGCGAUAUCAAAAGGACCCGUUCCUCUCUCCAGAAAUAACGGAACGCAUAGUUUUAGAGAAUGCCGCACACAAUUUGACAGAGGACGAAUACGUGAGAAAGUGGUUGAAUCUGAGGAGAAAUAUUUCUGAUCAUCUUUCAAGGUUAGGUAGAAUUUUGUAUUUGGGUGAUGAACCACCUGAAGUUACCAAUUCCCCAAAGAGAUACCAGAUCUUGGUCUGGAAAUACGGUGCUACUAUGGAGAAUAGACAUAUAAAACAUUUUCCCAACUCUGAUCCAUUCCAGCAUUGCUCAGUGCGUAACUGUGAUAUAACAAAUUCCGCUGCAGACUUUAAGACUGCAGAUCUAGUUCUCUUCCAUUUGCAUAGAAUGAAAGGCACAAAGGACUUACCGACAAUGCGCAGAAACCCAGAGCAAAUAUGGACUUUUUUAACAGAUGAAAGUCCUCAUCAUACCUUUCUGGCGGGUGGUAAAGUUAAAUUGAAAGACUUUAAUGGAGUUUUCAACUGGUCAAUGUCCUAUAGAAAGGACUCUGACAUUCCAGUUCCUUAUGGAAGAACAGUUGUGAAGAAGUAUUUAAAUGAUGAGAACCUCAUAUUGAAUAAAAGAAGAGAUGUUUUGAUCACCAUUCUGGGUUCAAAUUGUGGUGGUCAAAACCACAGGUGGCAGUAUGUGAGGGAACUACAGAAACACAUAGCAGUUGAUGUCUAUGGAAACUGUGGAAAGAAAGUAUGUCCUGGACAUUUUCAUUCAGACUGCCCAGAAAUAGGUCGCUAUCUAUUUUAUCUAUCAUUUGAAAACUCCAACUGUGAAGAUUACAUUACCGAGAAACUCUGGUGGAAUGCCUACCAUAAAAACUCCAUACCAAUUGUGAUGGGAGCAAGUCCCGCAAACUAUCAAAUGCUUCUACCACCAGGGUCCUAUAUCAACAUAGAAGAAUUUGCCAGCCCUGCAGUGUUAGCCCAAUACAUUUUACACUUGAACGAAACUGAGGACUUCAGAAAGUAUUUUGAGUGGAGAAAAACUUUCGAAAUCCUAAAUGAACAUGCAUACUUUAAGACAGAGUCUGUGCAUUACUGCAGGAUUUGCGAGGCGCUGAAUUACAACGACCGCAAACAGAAGGUGUAUAAUAACUUGGAAGACUUCUGGAAUGUAUCCAGAGACUGUCAUCCACCAUGGGACGCAUCCUAGAUGUGAGAGGAUGGCGAUAGCUCAUUGUGAUAUUGUAUUUUUCUACCCAAAGAUAUAAAUAAAGAGACUUACCUUAUUCAGUGUGUGUUCGGUGCUGGACGCCGUGAAUUAUCACCCAUUUGUUGCACGAUUAUGAUUGUAA